AUCGGAAGGUAUAUUUUCAGAAGAAGAUGGCAGCAAUGGAGCGCAAAGAUUGAAAUGGUUUAAUUGUCGAGUAUAUAUUUAAACGGUACAGAGGAUAUUCCUCUCUUCUUCCUCUCUCUCUCUCUCUCUGCGCAGAAUUCUUCGCUUCAGGCCGGAAAACGGAUUCCGCCAGCGCCAUUAUCCUUCGCCGCGUGUGAGCUCGCCGGAGAAAGAUUUCACCGAACAAGAACUCCUUGUAGCAAACGGGUCUCCGAACUCAAACCCCUAACCUCCGCACGCAACAAAUCGCCGGAUAGCCGGUGUUUUCUUCUUGGAGAGAUUGGGGGUUUGUUGCUGCUGGGUUUAGUUUGAGAACAUAGUGAGGCUAUUGCAGACUAGAGGAAGAUAAGGCUGAGUAAACGGACUAAGAUGGUUCGGAACUUUGAUCUUAAUGCCCUUCCUGAUGAAAACGGGCAGCCUGAGGUAAGCGAUACUCCUUCUGAUCUGCAGCAUGAGCAUCCUCCCUCUAGCAGUGGCUCUGGGCCCGUUCCUUCAGCCACUGAUGCGGAUGCUAUAGAUAAUGAAGCAGCAUUUCAAACUCCGCCAGAAUGGCGUGCUCCAAGGAGAAGACGUACUCCUAGAAUACUAAUUGGUGAAAUCGUGCGAACGAAUGCUGAAAGUUCAGGAGCUGCUGUGGAAGAACGAAUGCGAAAGCUUUGUCCCGAUUGUUUUGAAAGUGAAGGAGGUUCUGUACAAGGACCAGUACAAAUAGUUUGUCCGGAUUGCUGUGAACUGGCUCCGAGUAAUGACGGUGUUCCCACGGUGAGGAAAACAAUCCAGUUUCUUCCAGAGAAAGAAAUAGAGUCUUCCUCGUCGUGUUCGCCAGAGCCUGAUGAGAAUGCUUUAAUCUGUGCUGUCUGCAUGCGCAAAGUGAAUGAUCCUUCUUCAACGACUUGCGGUCAUGUGUUUUGCACCAAGUGCAUCGAGGACACCGUUGCCAGGCUGAAGAAAUGUCCCACCUGCAGGAAGAGGCUCACAAAGAGCAGUUUCCACAAAAUUUUCCUCCAAAAUGGCUGAUUUUUUUUCUCUAUUUUACUUCUACUUUUCAGUUUUUUUAAAAAUAAUACCUGGUCCAUAUCCAUCCUUCAUUGUCUCUCAAUAAAAUCUUUGAGGCUGCAUUUGGGAUGUUUUUUUCAUAGUUUUAUA